UUUUGUAUCCCAACGUCGGCAGUUGCUGCAGCCAUUCUGUGGCUCAGCCGGUACUGCAGGGCUCUGCGCUUCAGUCGCCAUGAAGAUUUAUUUGAGACCCCCUGAGUCCAAGAGUCGGAAAGAUGAUGUGGAGGUGGACCUGAAUCCGGAUGAACUGAUCGAGGGGCUGCGGCAGAAGAUCCAAGAGAAGACGGGCUUGGACUGUUACAAGUUGAAGUUCAAUGGCAAGACGCUGAAGGAUGAUGAGACGCUGAGACAACACAAGGUAGAAGAGAAUGGCACCAUCAUGACCGAGCCCGAGUUUCAUGGCCAGUACCUCCCCAUGGGCGUCCAGCCGUCCAUGGAGAAGAAACGAAAAGCGGAGGAGGACAUCGUGGAACUGGCACCUGAAGUGAAGAAAGCCGCUGCGGCCGCGGCGGCGGAGAACAUCACCAUGGCGGAGGUCACCUGGUGCGGCCUCCGCGCCGGCGCCUACGGAGAGAAGGGCAUGCGGCGACAGAUGGAGGAUGAGACGGUGAUUUGUCCAUCGCUCAGAGACAUGGUACCAUCACUUCCAGAGGAGCGGGACUUUGCGCUCUUCGGCCUCUUCGACGGGCACGGUGGAAAGCAGGUGGCGGAGUUCGUCAAGACCUUCCUCGCCCCAGAAUUGGCCUCGGCCUAUGCCAAUGAUGAGCCCAAGGAGGGUCCCAUGACCGACAAGCGGAUCAUGAAGGUCACCGAAGCGGUCUUUCAGCGGAUGGAUUCCAGGAUUGCCAGUGAGUUGGCUGGAGCCUAUGAUGGCUGCACGGCCAACUUGAUCUUAGCCAACUCCGAACAGAUGAUCUCCGUGAACCUGGGCGAUUCCAUGGCCUACCUCUGCCGCCUCAAAGAUGCGGAUGACCAGGAGGAUACCCUGUGUAUCCCACUGCAGCAGCGACAGCACAAGUGCUGGAUGAUGAAGGAGAAGGAGAGAAUCCUGAGGUCGGGCGGCGCGGUGGAGAACGGCCGCAUCAACGGCAUCCUGGAGGUCUCGCGCGCCUUUGGUGACUUGACGCUGAAGAAGUUCGGGGUGCUCUGCACGCCGGAGUACAUGAAGUUUCAGAUGGACCGGGAAAAGGAUCGUUUCGUGAUCCUGGCCUGCGACGGCUUUUGGAACGCCUGGACCGCUGCGGAAGCCUUGGAGUUCACCUUGAGCUUGGUGGCCAACGAGGAAGGUCGAGCGGAGUUGGAAGGAGAUUCCGUGGACAUUCGAGGUGUCUGCAAAGAGCUUGUCCAGCAUGUCAUUGAAGAAAGGAAGGCGCAGGACAAUGUGAGUGUGGUCGUGCUGCAUAUGAUGUCACAAGCCGGGUGA